AUGGAAAGAAUUAGCAUACUGCUUAAAGCAGUCAUUAUUAUUUUAUUUGUUAAUUGCCUGACAUCCGAGCCAUCAUGCUCUGUUUAUGAUCCAUUCCGAAUACAGCUUGAUAAUAAUAAAUAUGAAAUUGGUGCAGCAUUUCCAUUACAUGACGAAGAUUGUAUGAAAUUACAUGCGGAAGCAGUUCAGGAUAUUGUUGCAGUUCAAUGGGCAUUAACUCACUGGAAUCAAAAUUUGAAUACUAACAAUUUGAAAACCAGUUUCUAUGCUGGUGACACAUGUUCAAAACCGAAAGAGGCAGUUUCGCAAAUACUCAAAUUUUUGGAUUCACUUGGUUUCUACGAGCCUGAUGAAUGCAGCACAGUAAAUCGAAAUUUCCGUCAGCUUCUUGGAUUGCUUUUGCCGAACGAUGCCGCAUCGGCAAAAACAGUCGCUUCAGUUCUCCAAACUACACCGUUACCAUUGUUGGCAUACAGUUAUGCAGUAGCUGAUGAAUUGGCACAAAUGAGUGUUUCUAAUUUUGCUACAACUGCGCCAACAUUAACAGUUUUCAUCGAUGCAUUUACAAGGCUUAUGAAAAACUUGAAUAGCAACUUGGUAGCAAUCGUGAGAAGAACCAAAGAUGAAAAGCUAAUAAGUCGCCUUCUAAGCAGAUUACGACAGGAAAAUAUUUUCAUUUCCGAGCUGAUCUAUCCAGAAACUCCAAAUUUUGAACAGAUUAUUCGAGAUUCAGAUAGCCAAAUUAUACUUACGUUUUUAUCCAAAAAGGAGAUUGGAAAAUUACUUGCUGAAAAAAAUUUUGGAGCUGAUAAAACAUGGAUUGUGAUUGAAUUGGAUACAGACAAGCAACCUGAAAGAAAACCGCCAGAGUUUAUGAUAGAUUCAGAUGUUCAGAUAAUAUACUUGCGUCAACAAAAGCGCGAUUUACCUCAGUUCAAGAAUUACUUUUUGCGAUUAUUAAAAAACAACUAUCAGUCCUAUCCGUUACUCAGUUCGUUCAUGCAGCAGAUGUGCAACUGUACUGUAUCGAAUGAAAAUAAUAAUAACGACUGCUCUAAAAUUGAUGUUCAAACGAUGGCACUUAAUUACAAGCAAACAUCAACUGCCGAAUCUAUAAUCAAAGCCGUUUAUGCUUUUACCGCUGUUUCUACUAGACUGGAGAAAAACCCAGUAGCAUUAGCACUAUGUGCUAAACCAUCCUCAAAAUGUACGGAAUUAAUUAUGACUGAAUUGGAAUCAUUGAUAUAUGAAUUUAAUGCCAAUGAUCCAGCAGAAUUAGUUCGCACAAAUUUGCAUUUUUACUGGGAAUCAAACACAACACUGAUGUCAAAUGGGAUUGUGAUUGAAGGAAUAGAAAUGAUUAAUAACGAACAGCUAGGUGUUAUGGAAGUUAAGGUAACCAUCAUAUAUUAUUAA